UAUGGGGUUAGCGGGCCUAGCUCUUGCACAUUCCCUCCCAUGUCAUGGCUGUGGUGCCGGCGGCUCGCAGUUCGCCGUUUUUCUCGAGAGAAAGGAGAGGCUAUGGCGCUUCCAGCACCAGCGGCGAAGGAAUGCAAGGAAGGACUUUCACAAAAACAGGCAGCAGUGGCUCAGAGGAUCAAAAAAUUCUCAGCUGGAACAAGAUCAAACAAGAGGAGGACAAGAGGAAAAAGGAGAUGGUGCUGGAGCUCAUUGCUGCAUUGAAGGCGGCGAGCGGCUCAAGAGCGAUCGAGAGGGGAAGGCAGCUCCAUGCCGCAGCGAUUGAGAGUGGCAACGGUUCCAACUUCUACGUUGCGAGCUCUCUCGUGAGCAUGUACGCGAGAUGUGGCUGCAUGGGCGAGGCUCGCUCGGUGUUUGAUGCCAUGGAGCACCACGAUGUGGUUCUCUGGACAGCGCUCAUGCUCGGCUACUCCAAGAACGGCCAGGGAGAAGUGACUUUGGAGCUCUUCUCGCGGAUGCUGCUCGUCGCAAGGCCGAAUUCUCAGACGUUUCUGGCUGUGCUCAAGGGCCUUUCGAGCUUGGCUGCAAGGGAGGAAGGCAGGAGAUUCGGUGGAAAGGUGGUGAAGACAAGGACUCUGGAAAGAGUCAUGGCUGUCCACUUGCAAGCCGAGGGAUUUGGAUGCGAGCUGGAUAACUUUGUGGCGAGCUCGCUGGUGGACAUUUAUGCCAGGUGUGGGAGCAUGAGGGAUGCUCGCAGAGUUUUCGAUCGAAUGCCGAGCCACAACUUGGUGGCCUGGACGGCAUUGAUCCUGGGCUAUGCUACGAACGGGGAGAAUGAGGUUGGCCUCAGGCUCUUCGCUCGGGUGCUUGGCGAAGAAGGACGCAGGACAGAUUCGCAGGCUUUUGUUGCUGCGCUCAAAGCUUGCACGGGGCUGACGGACAGAGAGGUGGCAAACGACUCAGGUGUAAAGAUCCAGUGCUUGGAGAAAGGCAUGGCUGUGCAUCGUGAAGCUGCCAAGAGUGGAGUUGCAACGGAGAUGUUCGUGGGAAGUGUCCUGGUGGAUACAUACGCGAAGUGCGGAAGCAUGGAGGACUCCCGCAUCGUAUUUGAGAAGAUGGUGGCUCAGGACGUGGUCUCGUGGACCGCUCUCCUGUUUGGCUACGCGCAGAAUGGCGAGAGCGAGCUGACCCUUGGGAUGUUUGAGAGAAUGAAAGCCUCGGGGUGUGCACCGAACGCUCAGACGUUCGUGGCAGUUCUUCACGCGUGCACGAACUUGGCUUUGCGAGAGGACGGCAUUGAAGAGGACGGCAAAGUCCUCAAGGUGAAAGCUCUGGAGAAAGGCAUGGCUGUUCAUCGGGAAGCUUUCAAGGGCGGGUUUGAGCCGGACAUCUGUGUGAGCAGCACGCUGGUGGAUAUGUACUCCAAGUGCGGCAGCGUCCUCCAGGCUCGCCGGGUGUUUGACAGGAUGAAGCGCCACGAUGUGGUGUCAUGGACAGCGCUCAUACUCGGCUGUGCUCAAAACGACGAGGGAGAUAUGGCACUGGAGCUCUUCACAAAGAUGAGGCUUGAAGAGAAACGUUGCCAGCCCGACGAUCAGACGUUCGUUGCCGCGCUGAAGGCCUGCUCCACAGUUGCAUCGCUCGAGUUUGGAAAGAAAAUCCAUGCAGAUAUAUGCCGGUGUGGACUCGAGGCUGGCAGGCUUGUCACGAACUCGGUGGUGGAUUUCUACGGCAAGUGCGGGAGCAUGGUCGUGGCUCACCAGGUUUUCGAUUCCGCUAGAACAAGAGCCCGGGAUAUAGUCUCGUGGAACUCGCUCAUCACAGGCUACAGCCGCCACGGUGAAACCGACGCCGUCCUCGAGCUCUUUGCAAGGAUGGUGGAAGAAGGCUUCCAACCGGAUGGCAUCACCACACUGGCGGUCUUGAACGCGUGCUGCCAUGCCGGGCUGGUUGAAAGAGGGAGGAAGCUCUUCCAGGAGAUGUGCUCCCGGAAGGCUGCAAGCGUGACUAUGGAGCACUACCACGUCGUGGUGGACAUGCUAGGCCGGGCAAACAAACUCCAGGAGGCGGUGGAGAUGGCGGACUCGAUGCCUUUCGCAGCGAAUGUGGUGACAUGGACCAUCGUGCUGAGCUCGUGUCACAAGUGGAAGAGCUUGGAAUUUGGAAGGCUGGCGUUUGAGGCACUGGUGAAGCUGGAUGAGAAGCAGGCUGCUACUUACGUUCUCAUGGCCAACAUCUAUGGAAGCUUGGGCAUGGUUGAGGAAAAAGCUAGAGUUCAUGCGAUGAGCAAGAGGAUUGGUGCGUGGAAGAGGGGAUCAGUGGUAGUCAAUCUCGAUUCGUUUGUCAAUUGUGGUGAUCAUCCUCAAAAGGAAGAGGAGAAGAACUAUUAUCAAACUUGUGACAGACAUACU